ACGGGGCGGGCCGGAGAGUGGGGGGGGGGUGGGGAGGGUGCAGGGGCUUACUUUCGAAAAAUGGGAAAGAAUGUGAAUAAAAACGUUUAGAACUUCAGAUUUUCAAGUAGGGUAGGCGAUUUCUUCUGAAGUUUAAAAGAAUUUUUCAAGUUUUCGAAAGUCGUUUGGCAAAAAACGAAAACUUUCAACAGCAGGAGGGGGUUACCCCUACCCCCGCUCGCGUCGCCUUCGCUUGACUGAUAUUUCUAUAGUAGAUAUAUACAGCUGAGUUACGAAUAAACCGAAAGUUUCAGCACAAACAGAUCAAUCAUUUUAGGGAUAUCGAUUUGGUCAAUAUAGCUAUUUUGUUGAAUUGCGUGUACAUUACAGUGCAAUACAUUUUUAUCACAAACACUAUCAACCAUGGGCUACCUUUUCAUCAUAUUGAAAGUGUCUUAUCAUCUAAAAUUGUUUUCUUGGUACUAUAUGUCAUUUCCAGAAAGCACGAUCAUGUACGUAAGGCACGUUAGCUGGAUCAGCGUAAUGGAUUAGCACACGAGUAGUCUCAUUUGAAAGAGCACACCUGACUGCAUAGAAUCCCGUUUUCAAAAGUUGGUGACAUUGAACUUUGAUGCACCAGAUUUGCUUCUCGAUUCUAACUACGAAAAUUAACGAUUUGUUCUCAGAUGUUCUAGCUAUGUAUACCAAAUACAAGUUCGCUUUGACAAGCUUCGAAAUUUAAAAUUUCAACUCACUUGUAUGUGUUUGUAAAAAAGGAUGAAAAAUUUACUUUGAAAACAUUUUACUCAAAACAUAUUCAAUAGAUCUAUUUUUUUUUACACACCGAUAAUUUAGUUAAGGAGUAGCAAAAAUAUCUGAAGUUUUUACCAUUCACUAUUCUUAUGGUGACAUUUGUAUCAUAGAGUGAAACCGAGUCGAAUAAUACGAUUCAGUGCGAUUGAGCUCAGCCGAAUCGAAUGGGAUUAUUUUUGUUAUAUUUAGUUGCCAAUGGUAUCUUUAUUUAUGACUGAGAAAGGAGAAAAUAUAUUUCUAAAAGUAGUAAUGCAAAACAAAUCAAUCGGAUUGACGCUAAAUUUUAAACACCAUUAUUUUAUAUUUUCCUUUCUAGAUAACUUAAUUUUUGAUUCUUCAAUAAAACUACAGAUUAAUCAACCGCAACAUAAUAAUGAAAGACGUAUGAGUAAAAAGAUGAAUGAAAGUGGUGCCGCUCAAAAGUUCGCUUAUUACUAUUAUUUUCACACUAGUGCUGAGUCAAUGCUGAAUUAUGAUUCGAGUAUUAACUAUUAUGAUAUGCACUGUUGCAAAUGUAAAACAGAAACAACUGUUUUAUUUACCUAGUGUGUACAAGACCUUACAAGGAAGCUUAUGUAUAUUUUAUCUCAUGUAGUUCCGGUCAGAGUAAAAAGACUGGAAAAUGUUAUUGAAAAUCAAGAAAAAUGACCGCGAUAUAAGUACGGUCGAAUGAUACUACAGUACCCAUGCCUUCUAUACCUAUUUUUCUAUUAGAAAAAUAGGUAUAGAAGGUAUCAAUCUUCUGCAGCAAUAAGGUUCUUUUUUUUGUUCGGAGAAAGAAUAUCCUAUGGAAGUUAGUUUGCUUGUCAAUCAUAUUUAUAUAAAUGAUCAUAAAGUUACAUAUUAAAAUUAAAUAUUUCAUGAGAAAAUCGACAGAUAUUGUCUUCAUGAGGAUAGGACAUUGCUAAAAGUUGGAUAUUGCCUAAAACUACGUAACAUCAGCUUUGAAGCUAUCUCAACCAAAUAAAACCAAACUGAAUUCGAAUUGAAAGUUUGUCAUUUGUUUCGAUCUCUGAUACAGUUUUAAGUCAGCUAAAGCAUAUACCAUUCGAUAGAGCACGCCAAGCUACAUCUAAUGAGCUAAGCCUCGUCAAUAUUUCAGAUUCGAAAACAAUCUUGAGGGCAAAAACUUUUUUAAUGUCUUGUAUUCUAUAGCACAUAAUCAAUAUAUUCUUGGUUUCACUGAUGUUAGUUAGUUUUCAUAGAAGUAUGCGAAUACAGUAUGUAAUAAGGCUUCCUGAGUUGCAUCUGUUUCAAUAAAUUCUUCAGUUAGCUCAGCGGAUAAGCGUGACUCUUUUGAAAAACCUCGUAUCAACUGUUAGCAGAUCUUCCAUUUUAAUCAAUUCUAACUAUCUACUAUUGCUCGCCAAAGCCUCGCGCAUUUGCACACAUACUGUGUUUAAUAUUACAUUCAUUCGACAGAAGUCCUUGGUAAACGUCAAUGAAUUGUAUGAUACAAUACGGUCUUGUAGUUUUGAUUCACACAACCCUUAAGCUGAAUUCUCCAAUUUGGUGGCAUAGGGUUUCGCAGAACAGAAUAUGUCGUGUCAGACCUGGAGAUGCAUGAAGCUGAAUGAAUUGAGAUCAGCGCAUUCCUAGGUGGUACUGAUCGGAGAAUGUUCUUCUGCCCUAUGUGGUCUCUUAUGCAGCGCGCCCCCUACUGGUCCAGCAUCAAUAUCUAGUAUAGGUGAAAUUCAGUGUUUUCUCAUAGAUCUUAAACCAGCAAGUCCAUUAUUAUAUAUUAUCAACACCGUUUGUUUCCUUCUUUUGAAGUAAUGGCAUCGUUUUUAGCAGGCGACAACGUAAACAAUAAUCGGAGUCGGGUGAGGCACAUUUUAAAAAAAUGGCAUUUUUCUUCUUUAUUAUUAUAACUAUCUGUUUACGUGAUGUUCUUAAACAGCAGCAAAUACCAAACAUCAGAAAACAAGACAUAAAUCAACUCCCACACACUGUCGUCGUAAAAGAAUUAGUACAACGAAAUUUAUCAACAAGGUUUGUUUUAAAUCAAAAGAAAUUGUUAAUAUGAUUUUCUGUGUUCAAGUGGGAACACUCACAUCUUGAAAACUCGCUUGAGAAAAAAUUUUGAUGGGAAUAACAAAAAACGGGCACGACAAUCCUACGACUUUUUGGCUGUCAUUGAUUUUGAAGCAACAUGUAUGAGCAAGCCGCCACCAUCACCUCACUGUUACAUUCAAGAAAUUAUUGAAUUUCCCAUUGUUCUCAUCGAUGUUGCACAAGAGAUGAUUGUAAAGAAAUAUAACAUAUCCAUCUGAUUGAACUAGUUCGAAUAUACUUUAUGGUUAAUCUACUAGGUCGAAAAAUUUCAUUCAUAUUGUCGGCCGAUCGUUCAUCCAAUUUUGUCAGAUUUCUGUAAACAACUGACUGGAAUCACACAGGUUAGCAUUUCUAAAAAGAUGGAUAUUCAAUAUAAUGCAUCUACUCAUCUUGAUGUAUAUAGGAACAAGUAAACAGUGCCCCUGUGUUUGCUGAGGUAUUUGCAAAUGCUGAGAAAUGGUUAACCGACAGAGAAUUAUUACCACUUCAAAAUCGGAAAUGUUUAUUUGUCACUGAUAGUCCAUCAGAUUUUAACAGAUAUUUAUCUAUGCAAUGUGACGUUGCUAAUAUAGUCUAUCCAAGAUGGGCAUAUCAAUGGGUUAAUAUUAAACCAACGUUUUCGAAUUUUUAUUCGACGAAAGCUGGUCGUAUUCGUAACAUGUUGGAACUGUUAGGUCUUCGAUUCGAGGGUCAUUUACAUUCCGGUUUGGAUGAUGCGACAAAUAUCGGAAGAAUAGCAAUUGAAUUAAUAAAGGUAAAUGAUCAUUAA